CAUUAUGCAAACUCAAAUUUGUGUUGGAACCUCAGUGUUGUGUUGAAAACACCUGAAUGUCCACCUGCCCUCAUUAAUCUAUUAAUUUCAUGUAACCAGAGUGCUGUCCUUUGUAUCUGUGGGAAUCAGAAGUGUAUCUGGCCAUCCACUGCCCUGUGUUCAGGAGCUCUAGUGUUGGAGUCAGGAUGUCAGCAACUAUAAUUCCUCUAAUUUAUGUUCAGUCUUCUCUGUGCCCACUGUCUCCUGAGGAAGGACAGAUGGGGAAAGAAGAGCUAACCACUGAGUUCUUGACAAGUUUAUUACAGGAAUUGGUGUCCUUCGAGGAUGUGACUGUACAGUUCACACAGGAGGAGUGGGCUCUGUUGGAUCCUUUACAAAGAACUCUGUACAGGAACGUAAUGCUGGAAAACUGGAAGAACCUGUCCUCACUUGGGCAGCACCUUGAUAAACCAAAUCUGAUAUCCCAGUUGGAACAAGAAGAUAAGGCUAUAAGAGAGGACAGAGGAAUUAUUCCAGGCAUUCAUCCAGAUUUGGAGACAGUACUUAAAGCCAAAUGGCUAACUCCUAAGAAUCAUAUUUUUAGAAAAGAACAUGCUAACAGUGGAAAAACAGAACAACUAAAGGAAAGAGGUCAUCAUGGAAUGAAAGUCAAUGAAUGCAAUCAAUGUUUUAAAGUCUUCAGCACAAAAUCUAACCUUACUCAGCACAAGAGAAUUCAUACUGGAGAAAAACCAUAUGACUGUACUCAGUGUGGAAAAUCCUUCCGCAGCAAAUCUUAUCUUACUGUUCACAGAAGAAUCCAUAAUGGGGAAAAACCUUUUGAAUGCAAUCACUGUGGGAAAGCAUUUAGCGAUCCCUCAUCCCUCAGACUUCAUGUAAGAAUUCACACUGGGGAAAAGCCCUAUGAAUGCAACCAGUGUUUUCAUGUCUUUCGUACCAGUUGUAACCUCAAAAGCCACAAAAGAAUUCACACAGGGGGUGAAAAUCACCAUGAAUGUACUGAGUGUGGAAAGGCCUUCAGUACAAGGUCCUCACUCACGGGACAUAAUAGCAUUCAUACUGGAGAAAAACCAUUUGAGUGCCAGGAUUGUGGGAAAACCUUCAGGAAGAGCUCAUAUCUAACGCAGCACUUAAGAACUCACACUGGAGAGAAGCCCUAUGAAUGUAAUGCGUGUGGAAAAUCCUUCAGCAGUAGUUUUUCUCUAACUGUACACAAGAGAAUACAUACUGGAGAGAAACCAUAUGAAUGCAGUCACUGUGGAAAAGCUUUUAAUAAUCUCUCAGCUGUGAAGAAGCACUUAAUGACUCACACUGGACAAAAGCCCUAUGGAUGUAACCACUGUGGAAAAUCUUUUACCAGUAACUCCUACUUGUCUGUGCACAAAAGAGUACAUAAUAGGUGGAUAUGAAUUGUGGUGAAAAAUUACUAAGAGAAUUUCUGUGCAAAACCUUUGUUGAUCCUAAGAUAAUUUGAGAGAAUUUGCAUCUGGUGUACACAUUAUUGCUUUAUAUAUCCUCCAUCCCACCUUACCCUCCAAUUUUGUGGCUUCAGACAAAUACCUCACAUUUUGUAGGUCAGGAAUAUUAAGGCACCUUAGGUCUGUGAUUUUUUUUCUCAGGACUUCCCAUGAGCUUACAUCCAAGACUUCAAGCAGACCUGCAGUUUUCUAAACUUGUUAUUGAAGGAACCAUUUUUUGGAUGUAUCAUACACAGGCCUAGUGAUUUUCCACUGGUUAUUGACAGGAAACCAUCAGUGCUUCACCAUGUAGGCCUCUCUGUGGGAUUAUAUAUCUCUAUAAUAUGGCAAAAGAACAACUCAUCACCCCCAAGUGUUCCAAGAGAGCCAACUGAAAAAUGAAGUAUCAUUUAUGACCUUGGCUCCAGAAAGUUCAGUUUCACUUCUUCCCGUUAUACUCUCAAUCACAGACCAACCUUGAUACUGUGUGAGAGAAAACUACAGAAUACCUGAGGGCCAGGAGAUAGCUUU